ACAUGAUGGAUUUUGAUGAAUUUUUUGUGAGGUUAUGUUUAUGUAUUUGUCUUGUCCAUAGAAAAGGGGGUCUUGUCUGUUUAAUCAAUCCUCGAUUUGGCGCCUUGUUUUGUGUUUUGGCGGUUUUUAACUCCAAGCACAUAUUUUCUUAGUCUGUUUGGCGGUUUUUCAACAGCAAACAUACAUACAAAAUUUCAUUUUUAUAUUUCAAUUUUUCAGUUGUUUGAAAAAAAUCUGUUAAAAAUCUGUUCGUUAGAACACAUUAUUUGAUUAACCAAGAUUUUGUUUAGCAAGAAACAAUGGAUUCGAUCUACCAAUCUACUACUUCAACGAGCCUUCAAUCGACUUCAACUAGCCAUCAAUCGACUUCAACAAGUUCUGAAUUUGUCUCAGGAGCUCAGGAUUUGUCAAGAACCUGCCAUCUUUGCAGCAAAAUAUUUAAAACUGUGAAAAUACGAAAUCAUCAUAUCAAAAGCAUACAUAAAAUAGAUGUGUCAGUUAGGAAAAUUAAUCAUAUUGUUUGUCCGUUAUGUGAGCAAGAAACUAAUUUACAAACCCAUGAAAAUUUACGAAAACAUCUCAAGGAGAACCACCAGUUGAGUAUUGAACUAAUAACUUUGGAAUUUUCUAGCAAACAAGAAUAUGAGACAUGGAAAGAUAAGCAGAAAAUUGAGACCAGUUAUGCAUUGACUAGAGUAUGUAAUACAAAGGAACAUAAGAGCUUAUACUAUGAGUGUAACAGAAGUGACAUACGUGGGUAUAAGCCCAACUAUAAAAUUAGGACAGAGAAAUCUGGUGGAUCAAUUAAAAUUAAAGGAGUUUGUCCCUCCAGACUUAUUUGCAAACAGAGAGAUCAAGGACAAGUUUCCGUCAGUUAUUGGAAAACACAUGCUGGACAUGAAGAAGAAUUAAGAGCCAUGCAUCUGUCAAAAGCAGAAGAAAAAAUGCUUGUAGAAAAAUUAACCGCUGGGGUGCCACCUAGUAGAAUUUUAAAAGAUUCAAGAAAACUGGAAAUACCACAACUAGAUCAGGGUUACCAUGUCUAGGGAUUUUCCCCGAAUCUAGGGAUUUUUUGAAGCUUUUGGAGCUCUGGAGGGAUUUUUCUUGGAAUCUAGGGAUUUAUUAAACUGUGCUGGCGCCAUUUUUUGUUGUUAUUAAAUAUCUUUUUGUUCAAAUAUUAUUAUUAUUGUCAUUAUUUAUUGUUCCCUGACAUAAAUAUUCCUAAGUAAACAUUAAAACAUUACCUAAUCAAUGAUUAAAGUGGAUUAAACAUAGUGUUUAAUAGGUUAUAAAUUAAAUUGACAGCUGUCAUCUGUCAAUUUCUUCUUUUUUAGGUCAAAUUAAUACGAUUUAGGGAUUUCUAGGGGAAAUUGAAGCUCCCCUCUAGGGAUAUUCUGAAAUUUCAUCUGGCAACCCUGAACUAGAUAGACUUGCUGUAUCAACAAGUAAGGAUCUCGUAAAUUUGUCCACAAAGUAUAAUAUACACAAGAAAAGAGAUCAAAAUGAUAUGGUAGCUGUAGCCUUAAAGGUUCAGGAAUGGAAUACUAACAACAAGAAUUAUGCUUUCUUAUUCAAGAAAGAAGGAGAAGAACAUGAUGUGCUGAGGACAGAAGAUUUUGCCAUUGGAUUUAUGAACAAGAUAAUGGAGGAUAAGUUACGAGAAUUCCCUAACAUAAUAUGUGUGGACGGAACCCAUGGAACUAAUAAAAGACGGAUGGACUUAACAAUAAUGCUUAUUAAAGAUGACCGAAACCAAGGAUUUCCAGUUGCCUUCUUACUGUCAAACAGACUGGACCAACAAGUUCAAGAAGUUUUUUUAGGUGCCCUCAAGAAUAGGAUGAAGACAGAGAUUCGCGCAGAUCAUUUCAUGAGUGAUGAUGAUCCCAAGUAUUACAAUGCAUGGGUGAAUACAAUGGGAAAUCAACCGAAUAAGCUUUUAUGUACCUGGCACGUGAUCAAAAAUUGGAAUUUUCAAGGGAAGAGUAAAAUAAAGGAUACAACUAUAAAGAAGGAAAUGAAAAACGACCUGAGGCAGAUUAUUACAGAAACGGAUGAAGAAAAAUUUAUGGAAUUACGGGAUAUCUACUUAACCAAACUGAAAAAUGCAAAUGAGACAGAAUUUUGCAAUUAUCUGGAAAAGAAAUACUUUAAGUCUAUGAAGAGAACAAAAACGUGGGCCCAUUGUUAUAGAAGAAAUUCUGGAAUUAAUACCAACAUGUCCCUGGAGUCGCUGAACAAUCUACUGAAGACCAACUACCUAAAUCGGACUGCAACAGGAGGAAUCGAGAAAUUAUUGGAUACUAUGGAUGAGCUAGUGGAGGUAAAAAUGUGGAAAAGAAUUGUGGACAUAAAACGGCCAAACGCAAACAAUUAUCAGGACAGGACUAUAAUUCAGGCACACAGAGGGGCAGAAACGAUCAAAAGGAAAAUGGAGGUUACGAAGAAUAUGGAGGUAUAUGGGCAAUAUCAGGUAAGAUCCCUUACGGAUCCUAAUAUAUUACAAAAUGUAACUUUAAGACAAGUGUGUGAAAGUGAAUGUAAGAUGUUGUUUUGUAGAGUUUGUAAAAUUUGUAUACACCGUUAUCAGUGUGACUGUAGAGUAUAUGCAGUGAGAAAUACCUUGUGUCAGCAUGUGCACUUGGUAAGAAUGUAUGAGGAGAGCGUGGGUACUAACUCUGUUUUAGAUGAUGCUGCAAGGUGUUUGGGAGAAACUUCAAUUAUCAAAUCAAGGCAUGAGGAGGAAAUUAAUGAAUUUAUCAGAGGGACGCUAGAACAGACAAAUCUAACCCAGGAAAAAACCAAACGAAAUCUUCAACAGGAAUACGUCAAUAAUAUGAUGAACAAAUUAGAUGACGAAUCUUUUGCCAAAUUUAUGAGGGUGGUUCAAGGACCGUUGGAAAAACUUAAUGAAGAGGCAAUGAACAUUACAAAGAAGCGAAAAAUGGAGAAGCAGCAGUAUUUUCCUUCAAAUAAAAAAAGGAAUGUUAAGUAAUGUUAUUUAUAGAUUUUUAGUCCUAGGUGAGAUUUAGAGGAGUUUUAUCUCGCCAUUGCACCAAUAAAGGGCUCUCCUCUUGAAUAAAAAAAAUUUAAACAAA